UCACAAUUGCCAAAAUGUAAACAAGAGGCUUGUAGCAGAAUCCAUGAUUUUUAUUUUUUAUUUUAGGUGAGUUCUUAAGAAGUUAAGAACCUCAUGAUUGUUUUAAAGGUGCUAACCAUAAAAUUUUUUCCCGAUAGUUGGACCAGUAUUUGUUUCGGUAUACUGUGAGACAAGAUUUCAGUGUUGUCGAACUGUCAGUUGAAAAUUUAGGUAUAUUUUAUAAGUGUGUACACUGUAAUUUUUUAAAAUGGUGCAACGUCAUCACUCUGAGCUCUGCCGGAUAAUGUUAUGGGUUUCUUUCGUAUUUUCGUUUUAUCAUGUUAUUUCGGCGGAAAGUCCGGAUGCAAAAGUUAAGAGGAAGGGCGAAGUAAUCGAAUUGACUGAAUCUAAUUGGGAUCAGAUCCUCAAGGGGGAAUGGAUGGUUGAGUUUCAUGCACCGUGGUGUCCAGCUUGCCGAGAUUUCCAACCCGAAUUUAAGCGAUUUGCAGAAUGGGACCGCGAUCUUGGUUUCAAGGCAGGAGCCGUAGAUGUCCAUGCUCAUCCAGGAUUAAGCGGACGUUUCUUGAUCAGCGCCUUGCCUACAGUUUAUCACGUCAAGGAGGGGGAGUUCCGACAAUACACUGGUGUCCGAGAUCGUGAACGAAUGAUGAGAUUCAUGGAGGAGAAGGAUUGGCAGAAACUUACUCCGGUUUCACCAUGGUUGCAUCCGUCUGGUUUUCACAUGGGCCUUGUCGGGAAUUUUUUCAAAUUGUCGAUGAAGUUGAAAAAUCUCCAGACUUGGAUGGUAGAAGAUCAAGGGCUUCCUAAUUGGGUUACCUAUGCAGUAUUCGCGAUCGGAACGAUUGUUUUAGGAGGAACAAUUGGCGUUUUGCUGGUGUUUCUCAUCGAACUGUUCCCGCAGCGAGGCCGGACCCAUAUUAAGGCUGCGGCAAAGGAGUCCACAGAAGGCAGAAUAAGAACUCAGGAGAAAGCUGAAUCUAGUGCUUCACCCACUCCAAGCGGUACGGAUGCUGAAGGAACGGACGAAGAAGGUAUAGAAAAUUCGGCUUCCGCUGGCGGAUCCCCGUCAUCAGGCUCGGAGGAGGAAGAGCUGCAAGAAGAAACAAAAGCAGAACCUGAAGAGGAUAAUAUGGUUAGGCGCCGGAAAGCCCGCAGAGAGGAAUAAUUUUGUUGUUUUUAGUGCUGUUUUUUUUAUUUUUUCCGAAAUAUCAUUCUUUUCUUGAGCUUGUGAAUCCAGCAAGAUGACGCUUAUUUGACGAAUUGACGGUGAUAACGCUAUGACGAAGGAAGCUUUGCCUUUAGUGUGAGUUACAGUAAAUAAAUUCGGAAGAAAGGAUGA